GCUGCUUAGUUGAGCUUCUGCUUUAGCUUCAACUUCAUCUGCCAAACUACUGACCGCUGAGUCUUAGACCAUGAGACGGUUUGGUCGGCGGACAGCAAGAAAAGAAGAUAUGUACGGCUGCUUGGAAGUUAUCCCAAGUUUUAGUGAAACGGACAUCAAAAGUCACCAGUUUCUUUAUCUUUGAGGUCGAAAUUAGCAGCUAACGUUAGUAGGACCGAAGAAACAACUUCUGCCCCAGCGCAGCCCUGCUGGAGCGGGGAGACGACGACGAAUCUCGGCACACAGAAGAGUACAUUUGAAUACUAGCUGUCAUUUAUUUAUUUUGCCACAAUGCUAAAGCUUUGUCUACAGAGAGCUUUCCCACUGGUGGCACAGAAGUUACCGACAGGACUGAGGCAGGCAGUGCCGCCGAGGCUGUCGGGGACUGGUGGACACACACCGAGCUGCUUGAUGGGAACACACGGGAGAAACGAGCCGAGGGAGCCGAUAAACUCUGCCAAGAUAGCCAAAGACUUUAUCUACCGCCUCCAGCCAAACGAGAGGACCUGUUUACUGAAGGAGCUCCAGAGUUUCGAGUCCAUAGCCAUUGUACAAGAGAACCAGGAGCCCUCGCCGCCGACCAGAGCCCAGAUCAAAUAUGUUUUGUUCCACAACUGCGUCCCCUUUAUUGGAUUUGGGUUCCUUGAUAAUGCCAUCAUGAUCGCAGCAGGAACACAGAUAGAACUCUCUAUCGGAGUCACUCUUGGGAUCUCCACCAUGGCUGAGAACAGCAGACAUCAAAGUGUUUCCCUAUCUGUGUUUCUGCAGCUGCUGCGCUGGGGAACCUGGUUUCAGAUUUGGCAGGUCUCGGUCUUGCAGGUUAUGUGGAGUCUCUGGCGUCCAAAUUCGGGAUGCAGGGUCCAGAACUGACGCCCAAACAGGCGGACAUGUGGCAGACCCGGGUCAGCUCACACGUGGGUAAAGCCAUCGGAGUGUCCAUCGGCUGUAUCUUGGGGAUGUUCCCGCUGUUUUUCUUGGAUGACGAUAAGGACAAGGAGAAAGAAGCACAGCCCUGCAUCGACACAGCAUCACCGUCUUCCUAACCAGCCCCUGCACACCAACGGACUGCACAGACUUUUAAGAAGUAGAAAAAGUAUUUUUAGCCGGGUGUUUCUGUCUUCCUGCUCAGGCAGCGUUCACACCUCUUCAGUCUCCAAACCGUUUGAAGCAGUUUAUGUUAGCUGAUGAGAUUCGGUUCACAUCCCAGGCUCUCUCUGGCUUCUACCUGAGCUGUGGUGUGUACACUGUCUCCUCAAUCAACACCUGCCAUAUGUUUAUCCAACAUGUCAACAUAAUGGAUUGACACUCAUUUAAAUGAGCACAUUUUACUUUUUGAUGAGGGACAGAUCUCCAGGGAUCCAUCAUCGUUUCUUCUUAUUCACCCUGAAAGAAAACAAGGCUUUCAGUAAUAAUAUCGAAUGAGAAAACAGGCACUAUUCAAAUCUUUCAUUUUCUUAAAAGAUGAUAUUAAAUCACAAUCACAUAUUUGCUUGAGGUCUAUUGGAUCUGUACAGCAUGAGUUAGUCCUGGAAAUGAAAACAUUUAGUUGUCAAUAGAGACCAGUCUGUUUUUAAUCUCAGUUUUUGACAUGGGUCAAAUAGCUUUUGUGAACGCUGCCUGGGUGGCUCACCUGUCCUAACCCCUUCACUCUACAGCUGAUUCACAUAUCAGCUUCAGCCACAACAGGGUGCUAAUAAUAUUCUUUAUUAGACAUCCUCUUCUUGUCCACAGAGGGGGAGUGUGGUGUCGGGGGGGGGUCAGUAGAAACACAUACAGCAUGUUCGGAAACACUACGUCACUACAUGAUCAACAGACAACCUGAUGCUCAUGUCCUUUUUAUUUUGUUUUUUAAUUAACUUGUAAAGCAGCACAUGAAAUAUGACGGGACACUUUAUAUAUUGGAAAGACUUUUAAACCAUUUUGGGAAAAAAAGUCAGUCACUACAAGAUGCUGUUCUUCAGUUGCCAAAAAACAUGUACAACAGUGCCCCUGCUACCUCCAUGGGAGUCUUUCUGUGUUUUGCAUGAAGGACUGAUGUAGCUCUAUAACCAGAUGUGUUUGUUUCCUUGUCAGGUGGUUUUUAAUAUGCUGGAAAGUCAGAUGUCUUGUACAGGUUGAAGGAGGCGCUGAGUGGCGAGGCUUGGAAACUGAUGUUUAUUUUCAGUUUUGGGCUGUACUCUUUGUUCCCCAAGGUGUCUCUGUAUCUCUGCUUUCUUUCCACACCCUCUUUUCUCUUAUUUCUCUUAAGGACGCUUCAUUUGCGUCCGGCCAUCUGUGUAAUGCUUUUUCUUUUUAGGUUUCUGCUUCAUCAGACUGGUAUCUGCAGAUGGUUGGGAUUUGCAACAAACAAUAAGAGCGUGCAGUCUAAAACAGUCUAGCAUACACCAUGAGUCACUUCAGUAGGUUUUAUUGAUUUCCACACCUCAGAGCUUGUCUUUUUUUAAAUGUAUAAUCCGUCUCACUCUUUGCUUCUCUCACACUCCAGCUUUCUGCACAUAUUCAAGGUGCUUUCUGUAAAUACAGUCCUUUUGCUGGCUGCAUCUGAAACCAAUCCCCAUUUACUCCUUAUUUCAGUAAAGGUGCUACAAGCUAUUAUUUUCACUGUUGAUUUUUAUGGAUCAACAAUUCUUUAUUCUUUGAUAAAACAGAGAAGAAGAAAGGUAAGUGUUGGUGAUCCAAGGCAAGGUACAAAGAAAACAUUCUAACUAAUUGCCUAAAAUACAAGAAUCUGAAGCAUACAACCAUAUCAGAUAAUAAAUGUUGCUUGCUUUAAAGAGGCCCUAUUUAUGCUAUUUAGGGGGCUCCUCCCUUUCCUGUAGUGUGUUCUAUAGGUUUUAGUGCAUCUAAAUGGUCUGCAAAGGCUAAAAUCCCUGUGCCCCCUCUCCCUAAAAUCAUUCAAUAAUUUCAUGAUUGGUUCAUUUAAAACAAAUAAACCUGUCAGCACUAAUUAAGAUUCUUUAUGAUAUAUAUAUGCACAAUAAUUUGCUCUAAAAAUAUCCCACAAUGCAUCAGAACAAAGUAGAGUCCACAGAAAUUGUUUCUGAUUGUCCUAAAUACAACGCCUAACAUCUGAUAGAUUCUUCAGUAACAUUUGUAGCACAAUACUGCUGAUGUAUAAAUGUCCCAUAAAUUAAUGGAAUAUUAUGCGUAGCUUUUCCACAGUAUUCCUGAUUUAUGCCUAAUUCAAAAGGGAGAGACUGCUAAUUCAAUUUACAUAUAAACUAUAGAUAUAUUGUUGCACAAGUUUAUAAUCAUUUAAAGUAACAUGCUUGUGUUGCUAAUGGGAAAAUAUGUAUUUAUUUUUUGCCUUACUUCCUCUUUGCGUCUCUGCAGUUGCAAGAGUAAUACAAAGGGUUAAUCCAUAUCAUCUCUACUACAGUUACCUCCAGAGGGGGGAUGUAAGGUGAAUGAGUGAGUGAGGGAGUGAUUUCAGACUCACACUUCUGUUUAUAUUAACCCUCGCCUGGCUUUCACAGCAGCGGGGGGGGGGGGGGGGAUGUUGUGAUGCAGGGACGAGACAUGUUCAUCUUUAGAGGGACGAGGACACAAAUCCCCAGAUUAAAAAUGGAGAUGGUGAGAAAUGUUGGGGAAUAAUGGAGCCUCUGAGUUCAAUGUUUGAAAGGUUUUAACAUAAUAAGGUUGUCUUGGUUUUACUGUAAAGGCCUCAGGAGUUUGUCUUUAAAGAGAUUUGACGUGCAGAACAUAAAGCAAUAUGUGUUUGAAUCAUGUGGUAAAUAAGGAGUCACUAAUUAAUAAUGGAUGUUCUCAGUCUCAUGAUUUUGAAUGUUUUUGUAUCAUCUCAUGUUUAUAUCACGUCGUGUAGUGUUUUCUCUCAGGGUCUUCAGGCCUGUGUAGAGAACACAUGUUGUUUCCAUCCCUCUCUUCUCUUGAUGAUUUUCAGUCUCUAAAGAAAUGAGGAGAGGGAUUUUGAGCGUAUGAACUAAAGUAUAACCUCUAAAUGAAUGCUGUGUUGUGCUGCCCUCUUGUGGACACUCUGGGUCAGCAGCUGUGCACUGAUACCUGUAUGUACUCCAAAGCAGUCAUGUGGACGGACGGCUUAUACAGUCUGCAACAUAAUGUGCAAUUUAAACUGACCUAAUAAAUCUGGGAGUGUUUACCUCUG